CGCAUUCGCAUUGGCUCGAUGAAGUUGUCAUAACAAGUUUGUUCAAUAGAUCAGACUCGCGUUUCCACUUCAAACCCAUUACAUUACAGUGAAAUCCAUUUCUCAAAAUGUCAGCCUCCAAAACCAUCUUCAUUGGCGUUAUUGGCGUCGGCGGUGUCGGCAAGGCCUUCCUCGGCCAACUCGACUUCCUUCGCCAACGCCUCGCACAACAAACUCCUGCGAUUGAUCUGCGGUUGAUUCUCGCCCAGCGAAGCACCAAACGUCUCUUCAGCUCCUCAUGGGCUGCUCUCGAUAUCAGCACUGUCGCCACCCAGCUCGACCAAUCCGGCACGCCACCACCUCCGCUCAACGAGACCUACGGCCAGCUCGCGCAAGCACCCGGCCGCGUUGUUCUCGUGGACAACACCUCCGAUGCUGGCCUCGCUGCCUCCUACCCUGCCGCCCUUCAACGAGGAAUCAGCAUCGUGACGCCGAACAAGAAAGCCUUUUCUGACUCAUAUGACCUGUGGUCCGCGAUCUUCAGCGCCGCAGCGAACGGCACCGGCGCGCCAUCGAAUGGAUACAUCUACCACGAGAGCACCGUCGGCGCUGGUCUUCCCGUCCUGAGCACCCUCCGCGAGCUAGUCGACACCGGCGAUGAGGUCACUCGCAUCGAGGGCGUUUUCUCCGGCACAAUGUCCUUCCUGUUCAACUCCUUUCAGCCAGUCGGCAGUGCCGCGGGCGGUGCUUUCGCCGCCGAGGUCAAGAAGGCGAAGGAUUUGGGAUACACCGAGCCCGACCCGCGGGAUGAUCUGAACGGCUUGGAUGUCGCGCGAAAACUCACCAUCCUGGCGCGGAUCGCGGGCUUGAAGGUCGCCAGCCCCACCGCUUUCCCGGUCCAGAGUUUGAUCCCGAAGGAGUUGGAGUCGUGCACGAGCGGAGACGACUUCCUCGCCCGACUACCCGAGUUCGAUGCACAGAUGGAUAAGGUCAAGAGCGAGGCUUCGGCCGAAGGCAAGGUUGUGCGAUUCGUGGGAAGUAUCGAUGUCGCGGCUGGCGCGGUCAAGGUCGGAUUGGAGAAAUUUGAUACCAGUCACCCGAUUGCGGCGCUGAAAGGCAGCGAUAACAUCAUCAACUUCUACACGAAGCGGUAUGGGAACAACCCACUCAUUGUUCAGGGUGCUGGUGCGGGUGCGGAAGUCACUGCGAUGGGCGUCACAGGCGACUUGUUGAAGGUCAUUCGCGCGUUGCACUGAAAGUCGUUUAGAAUAGGAGUGGAACGAAUUGUAAGAAAUAAUUUCUACCGCUGCAAUGGAAGACUUGAUUGAAAGUGUGUGCUUCGGGGUUCCAGGUAAUGAUACUCGACGCAAACAUCGUCGGCGUGCUCUUCGGGCGAUGAUCUCCACGUACACGUAGUAUCCGACUCGCAGCGCACGAGAGGACCCCACUGCGCAAUCUCAGCUGUAGAAUCCGGAGAGGCU